UUUUACAUUCCACACAAAUAGGCUCUUGGUGCCUCUUCUCAUCACCUGUUUGAUAAUUUGUCUCGAGGGAGUUGCAGUUCAAAAUGAAAAAAUUGUCACUAACGUUGGAGCAAUCAUUAAUGCUGAUUCCCGUAUCGGCAAAGAACAGAAAGCUGCCAUGGAAAUUGCAGCUGAAAGCUUCAACAACAAGUCCGGCAACACUCGUGAACUAAUCCUUCAUUUUCAAGACUCCGGGGGAGAUCCCUUUCUUGCUGCUUCUGAGGUUGAAGAGUUGAUUAAGGAAAAGAAAGUAGAAGUGAUAGUUGGCAUGGAGACUUGGCAGGAAGCAGCUCUAGUAGCUGAUCAUGUGGGAAACCAAUCUAAAAAAAUUCCGGUAAUUUCAUUUGCAGCACCAGCCAUAACCGUGCCACUAAUGCAACAGCGUUGGCCAUUUCUGAUACGAAUGGCAAGCAAUGGAUCUGCUCAGAUGAAAUGCAUUGCAGAUAUAGUUUCUGCAUACAAGUGGAAAAGGGUCGUUGUGAUAUACGAAGACGACGGUUAUGGUGGUCAAGUUGGGUUGCUAGCUCUUUUAUCUGAGGCUCUUCAAGAUGCAAAUGCAAAGAUUGAGAAUCAUUUGGUUCUUCCGAGACUAAAUAAUUCUUCGAUGGCUAAGCCUAAUUGGGAUGAAGUAGAAGAGCUGUUGAAGCUUCCCACCUUUCAGUCUCGGGUGUUUAUUGUUCUUCAAUCAUCUUUACCAACAGUGACUAAUCUGUUCAGCGUGGCUAGGAAGAUGGGACUUGUAGGGAGAGAGUCGGCUUGGAUAAUCACAGAAUGUAUCACCAGUUUGCUUGACCCUCAAGGUGACGACUCUAUGGAAGGAACUCUGGGAAUCAAGACCGACUACGCCACUGAGUCUAGUUCUUAUGCUGAAUUCCAGAAGGAAUUCCAAGCUAAGUAUGCAGAAGAAAAUAACUCCAAGCCAGGAAUUUAUGCUCUUCGAGCAUACGACACUAUUACUGUCAUUUCAAAGGCCUUAGAAAGGAUGCCCAAUAACACCACUAAUACUAGCCUUCAGAAUAUGAUAACUACAUUGUUGAGCAAUUACAAGGGUUUAAGUGGGAAUAUGCACUUGAAAGAAGGUGCAGCACUGUUGGAUUCUCUGAGAUUCAGGAUCAUAAAUGUUGUGGAUGGGAAGAGGAACAAAGAGUUAAACUUUUGGCCACCAGAGGUUGGGUUCUCCGAAGGCCUAGGCUGGGAAGCCUCACACGAGAACCUCACACGUGCGCCUCAAGGCUGGGGAAUGCCUACUGCUGGGAAGCCAAUGAAAUUUGGGGUUCCAGCUGGUAACAAGCACUUCGGUAAAUUUGUAAAGGUUGAGCCCAGAAACAAUUCAUCAUAUGACUUCUCAUAUGACGGUUUCUCCAUUAGAAUUUUCUACACGGUACUAACUCAUUUGAAUUAUCAUCUACCAUUUGAAUUUGUACCCUUUAACGGUUCUUACGAUGAUUUGGUAGAAGGAGUUUAUAACAAGACUUUUGAUGCUGCUGUUGGUGAUUUCACUAUAUUACCUGAGCGAAUGGAGAAAGUGGAAUUCACUCAGCCAUAUAUGAAGUCUGGUUUGUCAAUGAUAGUCGUAGAAAAAUACGAUGAAUCAACAUGGAUGUUUGUGAGACCUUUCACAUGGAAAAUAUGGGUGGCGAGUGGUGCCAUCUUAAUCUACACUAGUUUAGUAGUAUGGUUCCUGGAGCGCACAAGAAAUCCAGAAUUUGAUGGUUCAUUGAAGAAUCAGAUUGGCACAGCAACUUAUAUCACUUUCUCCUCCUUGUUCUUUGCUCACAAAGAAAAAGUAUAUACCAACUUUGCUCGGGUAGUAUUUCUUCUGUGGCUAUUUAUUGUAUUGAUCUUGAGCUCAAGCUACACUGCUAGUCUUUCUUCCAUGCUUACCACCCAACGACCGACCUUAAAUGUAACAACAGAAAUGUUAAACAAGACUGGUGCAAAAGUUGGUUGGGAUGGAGGUCCAUUUGUCUCAAAGUAUCUGUCAGAUACCUAUAAAUUCGAUGCUAACAACAGAAUCAAUGUAAGCAGCGAAAACAGCUACACUGAUGCAUUCAAAAGCAAAAAUAUAACUGCUAUGUUUCUUGAACUCCCAUAUGCUCAAGUCUACAUGAACGAGCUCUGUGAGGGAUAUACUUCAAUCACAGAACCCUAUGAAUUUGGAGGAUUUAGCUUUAUAUUCCAGAAAGGCUCUCCAAUAGCUAGGGAUUUCUCUAAGGCCAUUCUAGAGCUAUUGGAGAAUGGAUAUAUCAAGCAACUUCAAAAUGAAUUAUUGACUCCCGAGAAUCAGUGUCCAAACACUAAUAGUAGACCAAAAAGCUUGAGCAUUAAUAGCUUUUCGGGUCUCUAUGUAAUAUGCGGUGCUACUUCCACCCUGUGUCUUCUACUAUCUUUUACCCCAUGUGUGAGGAAGUCUCAGAAGCAAGAAAAGCACGAAGGCAAUGCAGGUCCAAGUGAUGAAUGUCACCUUCGAUCCCAACACUCCAACAGUCCGCAGGCCUUCACAUUCGUAGAAAUCGAAUGCGUGCCACAGAGAUGAAUCGAACAAAGGAAACAAAAGAACAUACUGCCCCUAAAAGGGUUGUAUUCGUUACUCUCACUAAAGUAGUUGAUGUUAAACUUACCUAGCUAGCUCCAUUACAGAUACU